AUGGUGCGCCAAGCUCCGAGAGGGCUCGAGCCGCGCCGGCCCGUCAGGACCGUGGUGGAUGCCGCGGGCACGCGGCGCCGAGUCUGUCCGCAGACGGGCCAGAAACUCCCGACGGAGGACGAGAUCCAGCACACCGUCUGGGUCCUCCGCAUGGGGCCGCCGAGCUGGGACAACCCCGGGGCCCCGGGCACGGCCGGCGGGCCUCCGUUGGUGGUCAGCACGAAUGACAUGCGGCGCUUCGUCGCCCGGAGGGCCUCGGGGUCGUGGCCGUCCAACACCCCCGUGCGGUGCUUGCCGCGCGACUCGCCGGUCGAAGGCAUCUACCGCCACCACGUGCAGUCGAACCCGCAAGCCGCGUGGAACGGCUACGACGAGUUCGUGGUCACACGCGAGAUGACCGUAUUGGGAGGCUCGGUCCUCGUCGGCCUGGCCAUCUGGGCGUACGUCGGACUUCCGUGGCAGGUCAUGGAUGCUCCGCUGAAAGCGGUGGCGUUCUUCGUCUGGUUCAACAUGUGCCCGUGGCGAUUAGUCCAGGACAUCCGCAACCGCGUCUACGCUGGCGACGGCAGCCGGGUGCUGGGUGCUCCGAUCAAUUGCUAG